AGUAUUUGGAAAUGUCAAAUAGAUUGUAUUGAAGAGUGCCAUAAUUAAAUAAUUUAAACGAUUCAAUCAAGUUUUAACAUCUUAACAAACAACCAUGGUAAGUGGAAAUAAUGUUUUUGGAUCAAGCACCAGCCAAUCAGAUGAAACUGAACGUAUCAAGUGUUGGAUUUGCCCGGCAAAGUUCUUCGACAGUGAGCAACGUUACCAGGAUCAUACAGAGAAAAUCCACCAAGGAUUUCGCUUCCGCUGUGAAGAGUGCACCGACGAAGUACUCUUCGUCGAUAUCGCCGAUGCUCGGAAUCACGUGGACGAUAAACACGACAUCAACCUCCAAAAAUGCCCCAUGUGCGAGUGCUCUUUCAACGAAUUCAACUUGAGAGAACAUCUCACCGAAGUUCACGGUGAAACCCGUCGCUAUAAGUGCAGUCUGUGCGAUGAUGGCAAACGGUUUGAUGAUCGCGAUUCCUACGAGCGUCACAUUCAUGACCAACACCAAGGCUUCCGCGUCAAAUGUCCGAUCUGCCAUCGUAUGUUAAAAAGCAAACUGAAACCGCACAUCGAGUACAUUCACUCGGAGGGGAUGCCCAAAUGUUACAUCUGCAGCAAGGAGUACAGCAACAAAUACAAACUGAUGCGGCACAUGAAGUGCCACACGGAUCCGAUAGAGCCGGGCGCGACGGUUCGGUGCGAACGGUGCGAUGAAACGUUCGAGAGUGUCGCCAAGCUGAAUUACCACAAGGCGAAGCAUCAAACGAAAAUCUUCCAGUGCGACAAGUGCUCGAAGAUGUUCUACCGCAAUGCAGCUCUGGUGCAGCACCAGAAGGUUCACGAGGAACGGCGUGGCGAGUUGUGUUGCGAGAUAUGCAGUAGAACUUUCAGCACAGGUUCCGCUUAUCGGAAGCACAUGGAGAUUCACGAGAAUUUCAAAGAAUCGGGUGAGCAGCAACCUGAAAGUGAACAUCAGUACGAAAAUUCUGGGGUUAUUUCAGAAGAUAACGACGAGCUACAGACUCCCGUUGAUUCACAUUUAAGUGAGCAUAAAUAGUUCUGCCAGAUUUGCAACCAAGGAUUCGAAACUCGGGGAGAUCUCUCCACUCAUAUGAGGACGAAAAAUAUUCAUGAUCAUCUGCUUCAUAGCGAGAAUCAGCAGGAGUAAAACUAAAGUUCUUUCAAUAGAAUUUGUGGCGAAAUUUACUGAGGAACAUGUGAUGUAUCACUUACCAAAGCAUUUGAAAGUUUUC